UCAUUGGAAGAGUCCAGCCCCAUGGAGAGAAGCCAGACAGAAGCCCCGAAGGCCAAACUCCUCUACCAGGAGGUGUGCUUGGCAGCUCAGCAACUUGACCUUUUCCUUCAAAAGAGAAAUGCCCACAAAGAGGUAUUCAAACCGCACAUCCUGGCCCUCAGAGAUAUAGUUCAGCAAGCUUGCAUUAAACUCAUGUUCUUAUACCCAGUGGCUUAUGGGAGGAAGGCAGAAGAGCUGUUAUGGAGGAAAAUGUACUCUGAUGUUGUCAUGCUGCUAAUGAAGGACAACAGAAAACACACGCACACUUUUAAACACUGGGAAGGCCCCUUGCAAGCUCACCUGAAAGGUGGCCUUAAAUUCUAUGAGCAUCUCUUCCUGUUCCUCCAGGGUCACUAUGAACUGAGGUUACAGAGCUGUAUAGAUUGGCCUCACAGUGCAAUCCACUUGAUUGGCUGUAAGAAGGUAGGGCCCACAUCAGAGGAAGAGGUCACCUGGGCUCGAAUGGCCUGCCAUCGCUGCCUGCUCUAUUUGGGAGACUUGUUCCGAUAUCAGAAUGAGUUCCUAGACCUGGCCACUAAGGACUUGGCAGAGAGAUGCUAUUACAGAGCCCUGUCAGUGGCCCCGCGUAUGGGAAUGCCCUUCAACCAGCUGGGAGCUCUCAUGGGGAGCAAGUACUAUAAUGUUGAAGCCACAUACUUCUAUCAGUGCUGUCUCCACUCAGAAGUACCUUUUAAAGGGGCAGCUUGGAACCUCAAACAGCUCUAUGAUCAUGCAGGGAAGAGGUACAGCAGUCUGAAGAGGUACCAGGGAAAGAAACUAUCUCGAAGCCAGAGGCAGUGUUGGGAUAACAAGAGGCUGCUGGUUAGCUUCCUCUAUCUUCAGAGCCUCCUGCAGCCUCAGAAGAAAUUCAGAGUGGCCAGGUUGAUAGCCCUGUGCCAGCUGGUUCUGGAAGACUUUCGUCUCUGUCUGUCUUAUCGGCUGAGUCCACCUAACCCGUGCCAGGUUUCCACACAGGGAAAGCCCCCCAAAGGCUAUCUGUUUCUCCCAGACCUCCUCAUCUUCCAAAUGGUGGUACUUUGCCUCAUGAAUGUGCAUGGUCUGAGGAAAACAGGCUCAAAGCAGCAUAAGCCAGCUGUCAUCUUCACCCUGACCCUCUUCUCUCAUCUAAUUCAACAUGUGAAUGCACGGAUCCAAGCUGAACUCCAGAAAGGGAAGCUGACUCCAGACCUGGCUGCCCCCAGGGCUGGAAACCAGGAAAAAGAGCCUGGGAAGGGUCAACAAGACUUUCCAACCCUGAGGCCCCACCACAGAAGAUCCCAGAAAAGCCAUCGGUGGUCCUGUGUUUGUAGUGAGGGUUACAGCUCCGAGGCUGGUUUUCAUUCCUGCUGUGAUUCUGAUGAGACAGAAGAUGAGGAAAGCACCUCCUUGAGUUCACAGGUCCACUCUGAAACAGACAGUGAAACUUCUCAUUUGGAUAUAGCUGAUGAAGGAGGGAAUGGAUCCCUGCACUCAGAAGCAGUGCAGGAAAGCGAGACCAUAUCCAAAUACAAGACUGCCAGUCCCAGGGAUGAAACUCCCAGUAGUCUCCUCUGUCUCUUGAAAACAACUAUGCCUGCUAAGCUGCCAGCUCCAUUGAGCCAAAAGCUGCCAGGAGGACCUGGCUUGCACCUGGCCCCUGCCUUUAGUCGCAGUGCCCUGAAGCUUCAGUCUGAGCUAAGCCCUGCCUCUGGCAGUAGCUCUGGCUUUGAGGAGGAUAUGAGCAGCUUUCCUGAGACUGAGUGGCACACUGGUUCGUAUGUGGGGCAGAGUGCCUCCCUUGACCAGUCUUACACAAGUCUCCAGACCAUUCAAAGGAAAUUUAAGGUUCUCUCUGCAGAGGGACUGCUUCCCACCAUCAAGGUGAUCCUGGGCUGGCUCUGCACCAACCAUGCCCUCCUCACCUCCCAUUGGCGGAGUUCUCUUAGCCUGUGGGACCACCUGUGUGUGCUGCUGAACCUGCUGCCCUCGGUGGGUGACCUUCAGCAACCAGACCUGGGCCUGUCCCACCAUCUCCAUGAUUUGCUGCAGAGCCGUACAGGCCCACACACCUCCAGAUUCCUGCAUCUCCCUGAGGACAUUGCCCUGUUCCAGCUCUGUCCAAUGCAGGCUUCCCUGGAGACAGUGGGAUUAGAGAAGGACCCACCUCCACUCAGUAACCAGGAUGAAGCUGCCCUGCGCAUCUGUUUCCUGAGAAGUUUUGGCCACUUUGCAACCAGACUCCCAGAACAGUUCCUGAGGUUUGACUCUAAGUUGGGUGUGUUUGUGAGCAGUACACCUGGAGGACUAGAAAAUCCAUCUCUGCAGCUUCCUGAGAGAACUUCCAGGAUCAGGUUUUCCAAAGACAUAGUCCAGCUCUGGCUUCAGCGUGAAGUGGUGUUGCUAGAGAAGACCCUCAGGGGUCCCCAGACUCGGUCAGCUUUGACCUCUUACCUGUUUCCUGAUCCGAGGGCCCUGUGUGAGCAUCUUCCAGUUAUCCAGCAGCUUGCCACAAGUGGUAAGUUUUUCCUCAUCAUACCAAAAAUUGUGGUUGACACACUGUAUGUCCUGAGAAGGGAAGAUCGAAAGGUCUUGGCAGCCAUCACCUUCCUAGAAGGUGAACUGAAGAGAGGGAACCAGAACAUUCUGUGCCAGUUCUUUGUGUCUGAGAGGUUGUUGAGGCCCAGGAUGAUCAGGCCAGAUUCUGAUGCCUGGGACCUCUUUAAUAUUCUCGACUUCUGCAAAAGUCUGCUGGAUUCAUCCAGGCCAGGGACACCUGAUCCUAGCAGCAUGGUGACUAUCAUCACUGGCAUCUGUUUGGACAACCCGAGGAAUUUCUCGUACCCCCUGCAGCUGGUGCUGGGGACAGCAACCGAAGCAGGUGUGGAAAUCAAGAACAUCCUGCACUUUCACAGAGAGUGGAAGGCAAUCAGCUGA